UUUGUUUUUGCCCCCCCCCCCCCCAGCACCUGUUUCUGGCCGUCAGAGCUGUUCACGUUGUGCCGCUUUCUCUGUGGAGGAACAGCAACUCUGUGACAGAGGUCCCUCAACGCAGGCUUGGGGACCCCCAAAUGUGGAGUCAGGACGAACAUGGAGGAAAGCUAUGAGACCUUUGAAGAGGAGUUCGGGCCAACAAGAAAAGAUUCUCUUCCGCAGAAGCCUGCUCGACAAAUCCGACAACCAGAAAUGUAUGCGAGCAGGAAGUUUACAGAGGAAAUGUCUGCAGUUCCUCAGCCCCCAAAAGUAGAACCAAAGGCGUUACCGAUGGAACCAACUGCUCCCAGGAAAUUUCCUGUACAAAAAACUUUAUCCGUGCAGAAUUUGGCUCAGAUUGAAACACCGUGGGAGAAUGUCACACUCAACCGUUGUCUCUUUGUGGCCAUUUCAAUCCUGGUCCUCACCUCGGGCUUCCAAAGACUUCAUGAGACCCUGCGUGGUCAGAGGAUAGCAGAGGAGGAGCAAGAGAUCGAAUUGACCGGGAGGCAACCAAACACGUUACGACACAGAGGCAAACCACCGCAGCCCGAGACAACCCUGUGGGAAGUUUUAUUUUGGUGGCUGCCGGAUCUUGAUGACGAUGACGAAGACGACGACGAAAAAAGGACGAAGAGUGGUCUCAGAAACAAGCCAAUGCCAGACAAAAAACUCGUGAAGCAGAGCAAAGGGACAUUCCAGGCCAGGAGGGCCAAGAAAGUCCAAAAGCAAAAGGCGAAGAACAAGAAGGAGAAAGAGAAGGAUAUGCUGAAGACAUCUGACCAACCAGAUGAGCAAAAAGUGGAAAAGGAAGAGGAGGAGGUAUUUGACGCAGAGAUGGAGAAGGAAAAGAAGAAAAAGAGUCAAAAAGGAUGAUUUCCUUACCUCGGAACAUACAAUUUCUCUCCGCUUUCGCAGUGCUUGAUACAACUUGCUUGUUAGCGUCAGUACGGCAAGAUAGCAUCACCUUGCCCUUUACAUCCACAUCUGUCAAAAGUACAAAUUUAAAUAAAACUAGCCAAUGUACCACUA